UCCAUUUUAUACGCCGUCCAUUUUGCAGGUGUUUUUAUGGAAGUCUUUGACACUUCCUUAAAAAUCUGUUAAAUACAACUUUCGUUGUGAUCCUUAAAUGUAAAAAAAGUCGCAAACAAUAACAUUAAAAUGGCUAGAUACGGCCAACGUCCGGAAAAUGCGCUAAAACGAGCUACCGAAUUUAUCGAAGUCGGAAAGCCUGCGCGGGCUUUAGAUACUUUACAAGAGGUAUUUCGUAACAAAAAAUGGCCUUACAACAAUUGGUCGGAGUCGGUGCUGGAACCGAUUAUGUUCAAAUAUCUAGAUUUGUGCGUAGAACUGAAAAAAUCGCACAUCGCCAAGGAGGGGUUGUUUCAGUACCGUAAUAUGUUUCAGUCGGUGAACGUAGGUUCAUUAGAGAAUGUCAUUCGUGGUUACCUACGUAUGGCAGAGGAAAAAACUGAAAAUGCAAGGGAGCAGUCGGCCCAGGCCGUCAUCGACAUAGAUGAUUUGGAUAAUCUUGCAACUCCUGAAAGCAUUUUGCUAAGUGCAGUUUCUGGUGAGGAUGCCCAAGACCGUUCAGACCGUACCAUCUUAACACCAUGGGUCAAGUUUUUAUGGGAGUCUUAUUGCCAAUGUCUCGAGCUGCUCCGUACAAAUGCUCACGUUGAAACUUUGUAUCACGAUAUUGCGCGGAUGGCAUUUCAGUUUUGUUUGAAGUAUAAUCGUAAAACAGAAUUUCGUAAGCUCUGUGAUAAGUUGAGGAAACACUUGGAAGAUAUUUGCAAAUUGCCUACUCAAGUUGUAAAUGUUUCCAUUACUAAACCCGAAACUCAACAGUUAAACUUAGAGACGAGACUUUUCCAGCUGGACUCUGCUAUUCAAAUGGAAUUGUGGCAGGAAGCGUACAAAGCCAUCGAAGAUAUUCACGGUUUGAUGAACAUGUCUAAAAAAUUACCUGUGCCGAAAACGAUGGCGAAUUACUACCAAAAGCUCGCUAUGGUCUUCUGGAAGGCGGGGAACUACCUUUUCCAUGCGGCUGCGCUUUUUAAACUUUUCCAAUUGUCGAAAGAAAUGAAGAAGAACAUCACACAAGAGGAAUUGCAAAAAAUGGCAUGUCGUGUUUUACUAGCAACUCUAUCAAUCCCCCUGCCAUCUGCCCAUCCGGAAUUCGAUAGGUUUAUCGAGACUGAUAAGUCACCGCUGGAGAAAGCACAGCGGUUGGCCGUCUUGUUGGGGUUAUUGCAGCCACCUACUCGCAAUAGCCUUCUAAAGGAUAUUGUAAGGGUGAACGUUAUAAACUUAGCCAUACCACAGCUACAAGAUCUGUACAACUGGUUAGAAGUGGACUUUCAUCCAUUACUUCUUUGCACACGUGUUCAAUCCGUCAUUGUGGCACUACGAACCGAAGAAAAUCUAUCCUUACAACAAUAUAUUCCCGCCCUUCAAGACGUUACCCUUGUUCGAUUAGUGCGCCAAAUAGCUCAAGUAUACCAAACAAUCGAAUUUAAGAGACUAAUUCAAUUAGCGAAAUUUACAACUAGUUUUCAUUUGGAACGCCUUUUAGUUGAUUGUGUUAGACAUAACGACAUGCAAAUUCGCAUCGAUCACGGGAAGCAGUGUGUACAUUUCGGAAUUGAUCUUAGUGAAAGUCAGCGCGAGGAUAAACCCGAAGGUCCCACUCUGCAAUCGAUGCCGAGCGAGCAGGUCCGGAAUCAGCUUGUAAAUAUGUCGACUGUACUGCAUCAAGCCAUUAAUAUUAUUAACCCUCAUAAGAAGAAGAUUCAACGUGAUAAGCAACGUUCGCUUAUGGUAACGAACUAUCACGAAACAAAAAUACAUGAGCAUCAACGUAUUUUGCAACGUCACAAAAUAAUUGAAGACCGCAAGGAAUAUAUUGAACGUUUGAAUACUGUUCGUGAGGAAGAGGAGCAGAGAAGAAUUGAAGAGUUGCAGCGGCAGCAACAAUUAGCUGAACAAAAACGUCUCGAGCACGAACGAGAGGAGCGUGAACGUAAGCGGGCCUUAAACGAGAUACAACAAAUUAAAGAUCGCCAAAGAGAAGAGAAAAUGCAGCAGAUUUCGCAAACUAGUCAUGGCCAGAAGAUUCUCAAGAAACUGGAUGAGGAUGAUAUAAAAAAAAUGGAUGCCGAUCAAAUCGCUGCCAGAGAACAUGAGGAACUGCAAAAGGAGCGCAAGGAAUUGCAAGCCAAGUUAAAAUCCCAAGAGAAGAAAGUGGACUACUACGAACGAGCCAAGCGCCUGGAAGAAAUCCCACUGUUGCAGGCAUUUUUAAAAGACCGUCAGUUACAGGAUCAAACGUUCUGGGAACAGCAGGAGAAGGAGCGUAUAGCCGCCGCCAUUAAAGAACGCGAAAUGGCCGUUUCAAAUCGCCAGCGUUUGGAAAGAAUGAAAUCUGACAAAGAUCAAUUCCUCGAGAAGUUAAUGAAAGAACGAAAUAUCGUCUAUGAAGACAAGCUGAAGGAGUUUGAGAAGCAUUUGGACGAGGAGCGCAAAAAGCGUUUAGCCCAACGCAAGAAAAUGCGCAAAGAGGAUCGUCACCAGAAAUGGGUGAAACAAAAGCAGGAGGAGGAAGAACGAAGGCGGGAGGAAGAACUGCAACGCCAGGAGGACGAGCGGUUGAAAUUAGAGGAAGCCGCCCGGAAAGAGAGAGAAAUGCAAGAAAAAGCGGAAAGGGAAGAGAAGGAGAAGAGAGAUCGCGAGCGAGCGGAAAUGCUGGAGAGAUCCUCCGCAAAACAGCGGCAGAAGGAAGAGGAAGUGGAACGUAAAUUGCAACAGCAGCUCGAACAAGAUUCGAUACGCGACAAAGCGCCUAAAGAUAGCAGUUCGUGGAGAAGUAAAGGCGAUUCGUGGGCGACCGACACGCCGCGGCGCGGUGAAGGUGCCGACGUUUGGAGAAAAGGAGCUGCAGAUAAAGGGGAGGAGCCCAAAAAAGUUGAAGCCUGGAAACCACCUCAAUUGCGCGGAGAAAGAGACUCACAAGACACGCGAUCCCCCGAUGCGGGUAAGACGUCUUGGAGAUCAAGGGAGCAGUACGCAAAAGAUGAAAAAGAUCACGGUAGUUAUAACGAUCGGAAUUACGACAGGGAUCGCGAUCGUUUCGGACGAGAUGAUAGAGAUCGCCGCGACGAUCGUAAUAGGGAUGAUCGUGACCGUCGAGGCGGUAGGGAAGAUCGCGGACGUCUCGAUCGCGAUGAUAGGGAUCGCCGGACGGAUAGAGACGAUCGUGACCGCAGAAUGGAUAGGGACGAUCGCCGCAUAGGUAGAGAUGAUCGCGAUCGUCGCGUUGACCGAGAUGAUCGCGACCGUCGAAUGGAUAGAGACGAUCGCGAUCGCCGGAUGGAUAGAGAUGAUCGACGCAUGGAUGAUCGUGAUCGUCGCAUGGAUAGGGAUGAUCGUGAUCGUCGAACGGAUAGGGAUGAUCGUGAUCGUCGAGUGGAACGAGACGAUCGUGAUAGACGCGACAUGAGAGAUCGCAGAGAUGAUAGGGACCGCCGUGACGAUCGUGAUCGCCGCGACGACAGGGAUCGAAGAGAUGAUAGGGACCGUCCCGAUCGACGCAUGGAUGAUCGCGAUCGCCGCGAUGGAAAGGAUAUGGCGUGGCGUGGAGCUUCCAGAGGUAAAGAUAGCGGCAGCGGCGGCGGUAGCAGUUGGAGAAAGGUGGAAGACGCCCCUAGAAGAAACCCAGAUGAACGCCGACCUGCUCCUGCUAAAGUCGAUAAGUCAUCCGAACAAACACAGUCCGAUCGAGAAGAGGGUUGGUCGCAAGUACGAAAUAAGCGUUAAGUGACAAUACCAGCUGCCAAUCUGCAACCAUGUUUUACAUUUUUUUUAAAUAGAAUAUAAUUAGUGCUUUUUUUAUUAUUUGCAGGUUUUUAUGGAAAAUGGUAUAAAUAAUUGCUAAGAAAUGGCGUGCAGUAACAUUGGUUUAUUUGUAGUUUUGAGUUUUUUUUAUGUUAUACUAAUUCUUAUGUAUGAUACAACUAAUAAACCUUCAUU